AUGAAUUUGUCAAAGUCAGUCACAUGUUCUUCAAACAAUUUGAAAAUUGAUGCUCUGCGAAGCUUCAAGUCCUUUCUGACUGAUCCAUCUAAUCGGUUAUCUUCAUGGCAAGGCGAAAACUGUUGCAGUUGGAAAGGAAUCAAAUGCUCGAGUUCAGGUCACGUUGUAGUUGUCAACCUCCGGAAUCCUCAUCCAAUUGAAGUCAAGAUCAAUAUUAAUAAGGAAGUCGUUUCAAAUUCUCAAUGCACGUCCGAUUUUUCCCUCAAAGGUAAUAAAUCUCCAUUGCUCUUCACUCUUGACCAUAUGAAACAUCUCUACCUGAGUUACAACAACUUCGUGUUCUCAAAGUUACCUGCUGAGAUAUCGAACUUAACAAAGUUGACUUAUCUCAAUCUGUCGAAUGCCAUGUUUCAAGAUUCCAUCGCCAUGCAAUUUACAAACCUUACAUCUCUAAGGUCUCUUGAUCUUUCAUGUGCUAACUUAGUACCUAAUUAUUCUUCUGUUUCUGUUAGCUUGACAUUUCCACUGAAGUUGGAUUUUGGCUCAUCAUUGUUAUCUUUUAUAAGUUACGGUUAUUUGUCUAGUCCAAAUCUAAGGAAGAAUUCCGAUAGGGCAGUUUCUGCCCCGCUGUCUCCGAUAUGGACCCGCAAUCCUGCUGUUACCAUAGAUCUUGUUUCAAUGUUCGCAGUACCGUGGUCAAAGUUGACAUUACUCGACAUAUGCUUCACAUGGCUGUUUCAGAACAGAUUAGAAGGUAAUGUUCCCAUUUCGAUUUGUCAAAUCUCCUCUCUAGAGUACCUGAAUUUAGAAUGGAAUGAUCUAACAGGACGUCUUCCGUUGUGCAUACUUCAGCUUCCUAAGCUUUCAUCUCUUUAUAUUCAGAGGAAUAGGUUGAAUGGUAAUAUGCCAUUUUCUUUGUUCCGAAAGUCUAGAUUGGACGAAAUUAGUUUAGGAACUAGUGGAUUGUCAGCAGAAAUCGAUGAUCCAGAUCAACCCUUCGUGCAAACAUUCCAGCCCAAGAUUUUGGAAUUCACAUCUUGCAACAUGAGAGGAAAAAUCCCGGAUUUCUUUUCAAAUUUUACGAGCCUCGUGGAAGUUGUAGCGGAAGAUACACCAUUACAACCACUCCCUGAAAAUCCUACCGUUGCUCAGAUUAAAUCUCAUUCAAAUGAAAAGCUCAAAAAAUUCAAAGCCAAAACAGUAAUUCAAAAUUCAGUUGCGGAUUCGAUUUUUUCUAAAAUCAUUGCUUGUGAGACAGCAAAUGAAGCUUGGGAAAAACUAAAAAAUAAAUAUCAAGGAAGUGACCUAGUUAGACAAAUGCAAAUUUUGAAUUUGAAAAGGGAUUUUGAAUCUCUUAGGAUGCAAGAGGAUGAAGUUAUUGCCAAGUAUUCUGACAAGAAUUCUUUGCUUGUCUGUAAAAUCUGGUUGCUUGGUGAGGAUUUCAAAGAUGACAGAAUAGUAGAAAAAAUUCUUCUGACAAUUCCGGAGAGAUUCGAGUCUAAAAUCUCAUCUCUGAAAGAGUCUAAAGAUCUCUCUACUAUCUCUAUUAAAGAACUAAUAAGUGCACUUCAAGCACAAGAGCAAAGAAGAGCCUUCAGACUGAGAGUGCUUUUUGUAGGAUCCAUCCCCUGUUUUCAGCUUUCUCUUAAUUGGUUGCAAAGGCUAGCAUUAGAGUGGUCAAAUUGGCCUUUGGCAAAUUGA